UGUCAUUGUCAUUUCAGUUGCAAAUAAAUGGCGGUGGUGGUUAGUGACGAGUCAGAUAUAUUUUUAUAGUAAAUAAAUUAUAAUAAUGCCUUAUUGGUAUUACGAUAAAAAGGAUUUGCUGAACACACCGUCAUUUCGAGAUGGGAUCCCGAGCGAAACGGAAAAUCGGUACAGGAAGGAAGGCGCGCGCUUUAUCAUCGACACAGGGUCAAAGAUGGACUUAGGUUAUAAUACAGUAGCCACUGGUGUUGUUUAUUUCCAUCGUUUCUACAUGUUUCAUUCGUUCAGAACAUUCCCAAGGUAUAUAACAGCAUGUUGUUGUCUGUUCCUCGCGGGGAAAGUCGAGGAGACACCAAAGAAGUGUAAAGAUAUAAUAAAAGUUGCCAAAUCGUUGUUGAAUGAGCAUAAGUUUAGUACGUUUGGAGAUGAUCCCAAAGAGGAGGUGAUGACCUUGGAGAGGAUAUUGCUGCAGACGAUCAAGUUCGACCUGCAAGUGGAACACCCGUAUGGUUACCUGCUCAAGUAUGCUAAGUGCCUUAAGGGAGACAAGGCUAAAUUGCAAAAAAUGGUCCAAAUGGCUUGGACUUUCGUUAAUGAUAGCUUAUGCACAACGCUCUGCCUCCAAUGGGAGCCAGAAGUAGUAGCAGUAGCGCUAAUGUUCCUCGCUGGCAAGCUCAGCAAGUUUGAAGUGGUGGACUGGAACGGGCGGGCGCCCAAACACACUGCCUGGUGGGAUAUGUUCGUUGAGGAUAUCACUAUGGAACUGCUGGAGGAUAUUUGCCAUCAGGUGCUCGACCUGUACUCUCCGCAGACGCAGCCGUCGGGCGGCGACUCCCCGCCAUCGCAGCAAGGCGCCAAGCCGCCAAAAAACGACAAGAAGCCCUCCGUUACACCGCCCACUUCCGCAUCUCCUGUCGCCGUCACUAAAAUCGUCACGCCCGUGAAGAAUGGAGAUAAAAUCGAGCCGCCGAAAAUUGAUAUGCGGUUCACGUACCCAGGCUACCCGGCGAUGCCCUACCCUCCUAUGUAUUCCGCGCCGCCCCCUACCAUUCCUCCCCCUAGUCGACUUCCAAUCCCACCCGGUCCCCCUCUGCCCAUGUACCCCGAGCCUCCCCCUGGUCCCCGGUAUCCCCCCGUGAACGUUCCUCCUCCAAACUACUUCCCCAUGCCGGCUCGAGGCCCCCUUCCCCCGCGUGGACCCAUCCCCCCCGGACCGCCCCCCCCUCGACCGUACUAUCCGCCCCCGUAACGGAGAGCUAAAUUUAAGUUAGGAUAUAAUUUUUUACUGAAAUAUAAGUAUAGACUGGA